AGAGCCAAAGCAUCAGGGUAACAAAGACGAUGGUGACGGACCCGACUCUCGACGACGAUAGGUGGGGAUUGUUUGUAAAGUACAAGCGCAAGUUUUGGUUCGAAGAGAAGGAUUAUGACGUCCCUGAAUCCUAUUUCUACCAGAACGGCGAGGAGAUUCAGCCCAAUACCAUCGAGCUGGUCAAGAGAUUCCUCAAACAAGUCCGCGAAUCCAGGGGUUAUGACGUGGAUUGCUGCCCACCUCGUAUGUUUGAAAAUCCAUUCUUACCACUUCCACUGGAAGAGAUGCGCAAGGGGACAAGAGAUAUUGAUAAAUUCGGGUAUGCUAGAGUUGUCGAAGCAGCUGAGUGUGCAAUUCAGAAAAUCAGUGAAGAGACUAGUCACAGUUAUAAGCUUGUGCAAGUCGAGAAGGCUGUCGAGACCGCUGCCUCGGUGUUAUUCAUGACUUUGACUGCCGAGGAAGAAGAUGGUGGCUCUGAGAAAACUAUUCAAGCCGCGGUCUACCACCCACUUGGUGGCUCUCCAGUCCUUCGAGAGUGGAGGUUCAAACCAAUCACGGCUCAUUGACAUUGUUGUCAACUUUAAGGUUUAGUUGUAGUUGUCCACCUAUCCCUAUGCUUAUAUAAAUCUGAAUGUUGGUAGUAUCUAUUAUGUUAGUUAUCCAUGAAUUUAGACUUGACUUGAGAUUUAUGUGGCUAUUUGUAAUCAGUUACUGGUAGCUAAUGCAUGUGAUGGAGCUGUCACUUGUUAUUCUCUUGUUUUUGUCUUUUCUCUGAAUCUGUUGAAUUUAUGGUGCUUUUGCUUUUUGUUCUUGAUUUAUGGAGCUGUCACAAAAUUUUGGGACUUUUCUUUUUGUUUUUUGAAAUAUUGCAAUGAGAAUCUCCAUAGUUAAUCGAAUAAUCUAAGUAUAAGGUCGUGCAGUGAUGUUAUGAUUUUAGCUCUUUCACAAUAUAGUUUAUUUAGAGUAGCAUUUCAUGUACAUAAAUUUAUAUA